CAUUGCCAUUGCCAUUGCCAUUGACAACCAACCUGUCCCUCCCGCAUUCUCUAAACCUUUUUACUUACAAUAUUAUCAUUUUCAACUUCCUCGAUCGUUUGCUUCUCCGUGAGAGGAUCCAAAUCCAUUUCAAUGCGAGUGCAUGUCUGUAUGAAUGAUGGGCAGGGUAAAGUUAAAGAUAAAACGGUUGGAGAACACCAAUGGUCGCCAAGCAACAUAUGCUAAACGGAAAAAUGGAAUUAUGAAAAAAGCUGCUGAAUUAUCUAUAUUGUGUGAUAUAGAUAUUAUACUUCUUAUGUUUGCACCAAAUGGAAAGCCUUCAUUAUGCAGGGGGAGACGCAGUAACUUAGAUGAGGUUAUUGCGAAGUUUGCUCAACUAACUCCUCAGGAAAGGGCAAAAAGGAAGUUGGAAACUCUUGAAGCAUUGAAGAAGACCUUCAAGAAGUUAGAUCAUGAUGUAAAUAUACAAGAAUUUCUGGGCACCAGUAGUCAAACUAUUGAGGAUUUGAGUAAUCAAGCCAGGCUAUUACAAACUCAAAUUUCUGAAACUCACAAGAGAUUAAGUCAUUGGAAUGAGUUUGAUAAAAUAAGCAGUGUGGAACAACUAGGACAGAUGGAAAAUUCACUCAGGGAGUCACUUAAUCAAAUUCGAACCCGCAAGGAAAAUAUUAAAAAGCAGCAACUUGUGUCAAUGCAAUGCAAUAACCAGUUCAAUGACAUGAAUAUACCCUUUAGAAUGAGUUCAGAGCAGCAUCUCCAACCUCUGUCGUGGAUUGCCAAUGGUGACAGCCAAAAUAUAGUUUUACCCGAGGACUCAAACAUGUUUCUCCACAACAGAGAUGUAGAGGGAUCUGCAAGUUCAUCUUUUGGGAGUUAUGCUAGUUAUCUUGGCUCAAGUAUCAAAACUGAGAUGUCUAACUCGGCACAAGAAAAUGGGGUCCUCAGUGACUUGAGCAGUACUGCCCCUAUGAGACUACAAUUGAAUGGCCAAUUUCCAUACCUUCCAUACAAUUUUAAUUUACUGAACAAUUUGAAGUUUCAACCAACUGCAGAGAUCAACCCACAUGAAAAUCCUGUAGAUUAUCAUGUGAAUGGAAGCUUUGAUGCACCUCGAUCUGGUUAUGACUCUAAUCACCAUGGUUGGGCUUCCUCAUCAGGGCCUUGUGCUGUUACUAUGUUUGACGAGCAGUUAUAUGCCCAGCAGCAAAAUUGAUUCACAAAAGUUUUGGCCAUCCAUCUAUUAUUGAGGUUGCUAGAGAACUUGAGUCACACGUGAGAAACUUGACAUCCUCGGAGAAAUUUACCUCAACGGAUGAGUUUUAUGCAAAUAUAGGAAGUAACCAGCCAAUUUUUUAUAUGGCCUCAUUGAGCAGCUAAGCCUACCUUGAUGCCAUUCAUUCAGUGAUUGAGAUGAAUUAAGGACAAGGCAGAGGAAUGCUAUAUUAGAUCUUAAUAAUUACCAAUAAUAGGUUAUGUUUGGUUGUUUUUGCUUCCACCUUGUCACAGGUGUGAAGGUUGUUGCUAAUGCAACGAAAGCAUGCAACAUUUCUUUUUCUUACGUGGGUAAUAUUUGUAUAUAUGAUAACAUACAGAAAAAUAGUAUUUGAGAGUCACAUCACAAGGAUUGCUUUCUUGUCCGAAAACUCUAUUCUGUAUCUGCUUGUAAAUAAGUCUUCAGUUUGUUUAAUUACCUAUAAUGUCAGUGGCAAUGGACCUGGCUAAAUUUUCUACAA